UUUUCCUCCUUACUCCGCCCGGGAUGCUUUGCACAUGUCAACCAUCGGUCAGUUAGACGAGCUCCCGCGAGAAGCGCUGCUGAACGCGAGAGAGGCGUGUAGAGGAGCGAGUUGCACUGCGAGUUCUAGACAGGCUGUGAGCGAUAAGGCAUUGCAGAAGAACAGGCAACCGAGUGAACAAACCGGAGAUCAAAAAAAAAAAAAAAAAAAAAAAAACCUGUCUUGGAUCGCUGCAACCACCGUCUAUCUUACUCCUACUGUUAACUUUUCAAACGCACCUGGAUCUUUGCAACUGAGUGCGCCUGCAUGUAAUUUUUACGUUUAAAUUGUUUUUAAAAAGCAGAAGUUCAGAUAAGUUGGUGUGUUCCUGCUCGUGCAGGGGAUUCGUUUCUGUAGGAAUGUCGCACAAGGAGAGACCCACUUUCUACCGACAGGAGGUCAACAAAACAAUCUGGGAAGUCCCGCAGCGGUAUCAGAGUCUGUCGCCGGUUGGUUCUGGUGCUUACGGAACAGUAUGCUCCUCCACUGAUGUCACAUCAGACCUCAAGGUGGCUGUGAAGAAGCUUUCCAGACCUUUUCAAUCCAUCAUUCAUGCAAAGAGGACUUACAGAGAGCUGCGGCUGCUCAAACACAUGAAACACGAGAAUGUGAUUGGACUAUUGGAUGUUUUCACACCAGCAACAAGCCUGGAAGAAUUCAAUGAUGUGUACCUGGUGACAGACCUGAUGGGAGCAGAUCUGAACAACAUUGUGAAAUGUCAGAAGCUCACAGACGACCAUGUGCAGUUUCUAAUCUACCAGAUUCUCCGAGGUCUCAAGUAUAUACAUUCAGCUGAUAUAAUUCACAGAGAUCUGAAACCCAGUAAUUUGGCAGUAAACGAGGACUGCGAAUUGAAGAUUCUGGACUUUGGUCUGGCCCGUCACACGGAUGAUGAGAUGACAGGCUAUGUGGCGACGCGGUGGUACAGAGCCCCUGAGAUCAUGCUGAACUGGAUGCACUACAACCAGACAGGUGUGCGGCAGGGACAUGACUGUGCUCUGUCUGUGCAGUACACACACACACACACACACACAAACGCAUAUAUAUAUAUAUAUAUAUAUAUAUAUAUAUAUAUAUAUAUAUAUAUAUAUAUAUAUUGCAUGUGUACUCCUGUUUUAAAACCUGUGUUUCUUUUUGUAGUUGAUAUUUGGUCGGUCGGGUGCAUUAUGGCUGAGUUGCUCACCGGAAGGACCCUGUUCCCUGGCACAGAUCAUAUUGAUCAGUUGAAGCUAAUAAUGCUGCUCGUCGGGACCCCAGGGUCAGAGCUCUUGAUGAAACUAUCUUCAGAGUCUGCCAGAAAUUAUAUUAAAACUCUGCCUCACAUGCCAAAAAGGAACUUUGCAGAUGUGUUCAUUGGAGCCAAUCCAACAGCUGUCGACCUCCUGGAGAAGAUGCUGGUUCUGGACACAGAUAAGAGGAUCACGGCGGCCGAGGCGCUGGCACACCCCUACUUCACACAGUACCACGACCCCGACGACGAGCCGGAGGCAGAGCCCUACGAUCAGUCCUUCGAGAGCAGGGAGCUGGAGAUCGAGGAGUGGAAGAGGCUAACCUAUGAGGAAGUGAUCAGCUUUGAGCCGUCUCCUUUUGAUGCAGAUGAAAUGGAGUCUUGAGUUGCUGAAGUGCUGCUGCUGUUUCACACGCGUUUCGUUUUCCUGUCGCACUGCAAGGACUUUCUAACUCGCUGGACCUUUCCUAAACAUCAUUCAAGUGCCUGCUGUGUGUCAGUGGUGGGGGGCUCACUCUCUGUCUGGGUUAAAGGGUUGAGAAGGCUUCUAUACAGCUUGGACUGGGUUCUUCCUGCUUGUGGGUUAAACUCUUCUGUUUCAGGACUGGGACAAAGUAUUUUAUUUUGUAUUUUUGUUGUUUUCUACCAUAAACUUCACUAAGGGUUUUACAGAUGAGAGAAUGAUUAGUUUUUUUUUUUUUUAUGUAAUUGAAUUAGGUCAUCUGGAAAGGCUGGUUAGUUGUUUCUCUUUCUUCUGGAGCAUACAGCUACAGUAAUUAGACGGUUCCCUUUCCAUCUAUGGUGUCGUUUUAUUUGUAAACGCCGGAGUUGCAAAUGGGAUUAGGUGCCAUGAGCUGCCAGUAGAUAUGGCAGUCUGUGUGACUUGUGUAAUGUGCACCACACCAGGGAUGUGGCUCUGAACACAGUAAUAUUAAACACCACAGCAGUAAUAUUGUACUUCGUUCACUCGAAGAAGAGAAGAGACGUCCUCUUGUAAUAUGCAAGCCAAUUCAUACUGGUAUUGUGUUUUUAUAAUUUUGCGCUAUUUGGAAUUGUCACAGUAUUAUAAAUUGAAUGCAAGUGAAAUACUUUGCAGAAUAGUGCUAGGAACGAUCUUAAAUUGCAGUUUGGAGGGAGUUCAUUUUUUUUAAAUGCAAAUGAUCAGAUGAAAGGGUAAAUGGUAGAAAGACACCUGUGUGUGUGUGAUUUGUGUUUUUUUAUUGAAUAUUGUGCAAUUCAUUUUAAACAGGUUCAUUCUCAUGUUGGAGGUUUCCAGUUCAAUUUUGAUUUCAAAGCUUAACAUAUCGUGUGUGUGUGUGUGUGAGAGAGAGAGUAAUCCUUAAGGAAUAUGCUGUUUUCAAAGUAAAACAAUUUGUCCCAGUUUCUCUUGUGCAUUUUACCAUGUCAGGUCACUGUGACUGUUCAGUAUUUUCUAUGUUAAGCUUUUGCAAGCACUUGUAAUUCAGAUAUAUGUUUGUAAGCCUUCAUAUUAAUGUAAUAGUGCAUGCACACUGUGUACACAGACCUGGGGAGCCCUCUUGAGCUUGAGCCAGGGUGCACCUCUCGCUUUAUCUUAGAAAAGUUUGUUAUUUGAAAGUAAACACUUGUUUUUCUUUUAUUAAUAUUAUUAUUAAUAUAAAUUAGUGGUUUGAAGAACCUGAAACUUCAUUUUGGGGUGGGCAAUCAGAAGAGAGACCAAAAAUCUGAGAUUGCAAACAGAGAAGCUGAAUGCAUUUCUUUAUAUAAACUGGUGAAGCGAUUUAAGGAGAGUGCUUUACUUGUUUCCACGAUCGCGCACCGCACCCUCUCGCACGCUACAGGACAGGCCUGGGGUCUGCUUCUCAAGUUCUUGCAGAUGUGUCUCCGUAGUUUUGACACGAGACACGCUCAAUCCCAGCAAAAUCCAUUCAGGUAUAAAUAGAAUAUUUACAAAAUGCAGUUCAGGAUGUACAUACAUAGAUCAGUUGUUUGGGGAGGGAGGGGUAGUUUUUUUUCAUUGUAAGAUGUCCUUUACUCGAUCCUGUAAAGCAAUAUCUCUGACGAGCAUGUCUUUUCUUUUUGAUGUGUGUGUGUAUGUAUAAGGGAUUCGGAAUGGGAAUGUUUUAAUAGUGAAAAUGUAAAAAAAAAAAAAAGGUAAAAUACAAUAAAAUGAAAAAGUUAGCAUAACAAGUAUUUAUAAAUGGGUGCGUCAACACAAUGUUCGUUUUUUGGUUUUUUUUUAGAAUACACUUCCAUUAUGCAGAGAUUAAAACUCCUGUUCUAUUGUGUACUCGUAACGAUUCAUUGUCCUGUUAAGUGAUGCAAUCUAGAGUAACCAUGCAGUACCACUGUUUCAAAAUAAAUAAAGGCAAUUAUUUUUCAAA